CUCCGCGCGCGCUAUCUGCCCCGCCAUCUCCGUCUGGGCGGGCUCGUGCUCCUCCUGUGUGCUGGCGGUGGUGGACGGGCUGGGGAGCGCGCGACACCAGGAAAGUAGCAGGUAGGCUGUUGUCCGCAUUGUGUGGUGGACACUAAUGGGUGUCAUUCACCCGGUCUCUGUUAGUGACAGGAAGCUGAUCACAGCAAAAGCAAAGAGGUCGACGAUCUGGGUGCGCGUAUCUCUCUCUGUUAAAGACACCAAAUUGUGGCACGCGGGAUACAAGGAAUUCAAAGCAGGAAUCUUCAUUAAAGAAACGGGACAUACGCAGGGCAAAGUUCAUUUUUAGGGUCGGCGUUGCUUUGUGUUUUUUUUUCCUUUACAAAUCUUUGUGGAAAUAGAUUGUACGUUUACUCGAUGUCUUCAAAAAAUGGCAUGUGGGGAAAUUGAUCGACACUUUGAUGGACACUUUGACACCGGACCUCGCGGCAGAAGGAUCCCGUGUACCCAAACAGCCUGCUGACCAAGACCUGGAAAAGUCAUCCGUCAUUUGUUUUGAACUGACAACAAAUAUCUUUAAUUGUUUUCUCCCGGUGCCAAAGACAUGCUCCGCACAGCAAAUAUUCUGACGUGCGUAUCGGGGAACCCUUCAAUUCGCCGCGGACAGUCAGCGGUCCUUUAACGCGCGCGGUCAUCAACUUUUAAGAAGCAUUCGCUCCACGAGCUCAUCACGUGCACCUCCACGCGCACAUCGUGAAGACGCUCUCAUCACGUGCACCUCCACGCGCACACCUUGAAGCCGCUCCGCGUCUCUCCAUCCUCUCUCUGAACUUGUGUAGGAGCGAUGAGGACGGGGUUGUGAACAGGGACUGUAAGAACCAAAGAGCGCCCAAGAAAUCACCGAGACGUCUAGGCCCGGACGGUGAGUCAUGAUUGACAGCGGGCCGAGGCCGCUGACCCCGGGCCGCCAUUUUUGUCCCAAGUGACUUGCGUCGACAGACGAAAAAAAGGAACCCUAUCGUAUCUCUUUGAAGACGGAUAGACUAGAUCAGGAGGACCGCGAGGGUCGCCCAGUCUGACCGCCUCUGCUUUUCAUCCAGAGCAGAAAACAAGUGGCAUGCGGCCGCGCCCCCCCUCCCCCCGCUCUCCUCCACAGCUCCAGUUAGAGGUGGGAUCAUCCGAGGCACUGGGUCUGCUCUCCGUCGGGGCGGGGUGGACACGGUGUUGAGCGGCGGACCAGCCUGGCCAGGGAGAGGUGGACACAACAAGCUCGACACAAAACCAAAACAACCUCCGGAACGUUUUUUGUUGUUCCCGGGAAGACCCCUCGAGGAGAUCCCAGCGUUAAGGGAGACCCGGACACCUCCCACACCCAUACUCCAGCAGACGCUCCGCCAUGCGUCUCCACCUGGCGCUGGGCCUACUGCAGGCCCUGGGCAGCUGCUACGUGAGCCACGCGGCCGUGCAGCACUACCCGGCAUGGGGACACUAUGACGUGUGCAAGUCACAGGUGUACACGGACGAGGGCCUCACCUGGGACUACAUGGCCUGCCAGCCGGAGGCGGCCGACAUGACCAAGCACCUCAAGGUGACCCUGGACCCCCCAAACAUCACCUGCGGGGACCCGCCGGAGACCUACUGCGCCCUGGAGAACCCAUACAUGUGUAACAACGAGUGCGACGCGACAACAGAGGAACUGGCCCAUCCUCCGGGGCUGAUGUUUGACUUUGAGGGUCGCAACCCCACCACCUUCUGGCAGUCCUCGUCCUGGAAGAAGCACCCCAAGCCGCUGCUGGUCAACAUCACGCUGUCCUGGAACAAGACCAUCGAGCUGACCGAGGACAUCAUCCUCACCUUCGAGUCGGGCCGGCCCGAGCAGAUGGUGCUGGAGAAGUCUCUGGACUACGGCCGCACCUGGACGCCCUACCAGUUUUACGCCACCGACUGCCUCGACGCCUUCACCAUGGAGCCCAAGACGGUGCAGGACCUCACCCAGCACACGCUGCUGGACAUCAUCUGCACCGAGGACUACUCCCGCGGCUACGUGUGGAAGAACGACAAGACGGUGCGCUUCGAGAUCAAGGACCGCUUCGCGCUGUUCGCCGGGCCCCGCCUCCACAACAUGGCGUCGCUGUACGGCCAGCUGGACACCACGAAGAACCUGAGGGACUUCUUCACCAUCACCGACCUGAGGGUACGCCUGCUGCGGCCCGCCACCGGCGCCACCAUGGUGGACGAGAACAACCUGUCCAGAUAUUUCUACGCCAUAUCCGACAUCAAAGUCCAGGGCCGUUGCAAGUGCAACCUCCACGCCAAUGUGUGUGUGAUGGACAAGGACAAGCUGAGCUGCGCGUGUGAGCACAACACCACGGGCCCUGACUGCGGCCGCUGCAAGAGGAACUACCAGGGCCGUGCCUGGAGCGCCGGUUCCUACCUCCCCAUUCCCAAGGGCACCGCUAAUAUAUGUAUCCCUAACAACGUGGGUCCAGUGAACUGCGAGUGCUUCGGCCAUUCCCACCGCUGCAGCUACAUCGAGCUGCUAAACACCGUCAUUUGCGUGAGCUGUAAGCACAACACUAGGGGGCAGCACUGCCAGCUCUGCAAGCUGGGCUACUUCCGCAAUGCGUCGGCGGAGCUCGAAGACGAGAAUGUGUGCAUAGACUGUAAUUGUAACCCCUAUGGCUCAGUCAGUGAUCGCUGUGAUGGCACAGGAUAUUGUAAAUGUAAGGAGGGCACUACAGGGCCCAAGUGUCGGGAUUGUCUGAGCGGCUUUUUGUGGGACAAUGGCUGCAAACCCCGGGUGUGUGACCAGGAGUUGCUGCGCUGUCAGAACGGGGGCCUGUGCCAGGACCACCAGCGCUGCCAGUGCGCCGGGGGCUACUCGGGGGUCCUGUGUGAGAAGCACCGCUGCGAGGCGGAGCUGGGCCCCGGCUGCGACGGAGGGACGGGCGUCGACUCUGGCCAGGCUCCUCCCCCCUCGGCCCCGAGGCCCCUCCUGGUCCUCGUGAUGACCACCGUGAUGAUGUCGGUGACGACGAUGAUGAUGAUAAUGGAUGCUUGAGGCGUGACUACAGGGACCCCCCCCGACCCCCCCACCCCACCCCACCCCACCCCACCCCACCCUGUCCGCACCCUUCCCCUCCCCCCGGCCGGCCAAGCGACAUGCGCACGCUAGCAGUAUCCCCCCUAUUCCUCCCCUUCCCCCCCCGGUCCUCUCUCCUCUCUCUGCCUCUUAAUGCUCCACCUUAAAGGCGAGUUCGCCCUUCUUUCUGCAGGGGGAGGGCGAGGCAGCCAGGAGAGGCCGUUUUUGUCGCGUCUGCUUCGCCCGGGCGCAGGGGACUCACAGACAAUGAGUUGAACGUGCCCAGCCGAUGAGCACAGCGACAACAAAUAAACUCUAUGUUUGAGUUGAAGAAGAAUAUAUCGAUAAAGUAUAUAUAUAUAUAGAUAAAUAUAGAAUGGAAAUAAUGCAAAUGAUGAAGACAAAAGAAAAAAUGAGAGUGAAAACAAGCAACCGAGCAACGCUUGCAUCGACGUACGGAGACGUGUGAGACUUGGGAGCCGUACCCACUACUGGUGUCCCUCGGUCUGGGGACAGGGAUGACUGGAGAGCUAAAGACUUCUGCGCCUCCUCUGUGAUCCACACGCCUGCAGUAAGGUGCUGCCAAUCAGCUGCGGGGAACUAGCCCUCCUCUCCAAACGCUUGUGUGGAAAAAUACAUCGGCUGGACUGCUUCUGGUGUCAGCUACAUGCCCCAGAUCUCCUCGAAACGAAUGAUAGACUGAAACAUAAUGUCUAUAAAUAAGAUAAAACAUGGAAAACAAUGGAAACAAGAUUAUAUGAAAAGAAGGAUGAAAGCAUUCUCUGCUGUCAGUGCAUUGUGGAUAUAAGGAAAACCAAUCCGGAUCGCCACUUUGUGCCGUGUUGAAAUUCCUUCUCACGUCAAGUCUCUCGUUUGUACUCUUUCCACCUUUCACCUUCUCUCUCUCUCUCUCUCUCUCUCUCUCUCUCUCUCUCUCUCUCUCUCUCUCUCUCUCUCUCUCUCUCUCUGUCUGUCUGUCUGUCUCUCUGUGUGUAUCUGUCUCUCUCUCUCUCUCUCUCUCUCUCUCUCUCUCUCUCUCUCUCUCUCUCUCUCUCUCUCUCUCUCUCUCUCUCUCUCUGUCUCUGUCUCUGGGUAUCUCUCGCUCUCUCUCUGUAUCUCUCUGUCUCUGUGACGUUGUCUCUUUCUUUCUCCUCCUCCUUCUCCUCUUGCUCGUGUCCUAACCGCCCCCACCCCAGCCCUUUACCUCUCGGAGCCCCUUCGACCCCUGCCCCCCACCACCCCAAGCUGCCAAUGACCUGUGCUAUUGUAGAUGUUAAUAUGUAGACCCUUUGUCAGUUGAAAAGUUGAUUUCCUUUUAUUUCUUCUUCUUCUGGGUCCAAUGUGGUGACGCACGAGCUCCCACCACAACUCCACCCCCCAGAUCCCCCCCCCCCCUCCCCCGUGCGCGCUUUACUCCUUAAAAAAGAUUGACUGACUAAACAUGAAACGCUUUUUCUUACGUUUUCUCUCGGCGCCAGAACGUUCCUUAUGGAAAUCGAUCCAAAAGAUGAGUGUUCACCCAAAGCAGAUGAGAAGCGCAAAGUAAAAUGAUUUGCUGUAAGUUCUUAAUGGAGAAAAAAUAAAAAGAUCUGUAGUUCUUUUUGUAUCAUUGCCAAACUGUGAUAGCAAAACCAGGCAACGUCCAGUGUAACCAAUGAAGAUGGAAUGUAAACGCAUAUCAAAUUGUUUCAUUUAUUGUUUUGUUUUUUUGUCAUUCGUUUCUGCUUAUUUCUAUGUUGGAACAAUGUCGGUAUGUUUUUUUUUGUUUGUGCAGUUGAUUUCCCUUUGUAUUGGCAAAGUGCUGGCAUCAAAGAAUAUUAGUUUACAUAUACAAUAUCAAUACAGUGUAAUGAAAUCCCACCAAAGGAUGUAAAACAUGUUUUCUCGUUGCUUUAACACUCGAGAAUUUAAGUGAAUAAAAACAUUGAAAACAUCA